CCAUCAGGUAACGAGAUGCUGAUCCCAAGGCUGAUGGAGUCCAUUGUGACUGAGCCUGAUGAUGACCUCCACUCUUCCGCUACAGAUUUUUGGAGGUUUCCAUUGAGAUGGUGGUACAUAAAUAUAGGCCCAAAAGAAGAGGGGGGACACACUUGCACUAGAAGCUUUACCUCCAACAGACACGGCAAGCCUCCAGCGUUUCGCUGCACUCCUCACCUCCGUUUCUCCAUCAUGCACCAGCUACAGAUUCUAGGACUCCUGAGCAUUUUUCUGCUGGUCUUGAACCCUAGCCAGUGCAGUCCGAUCAUGGAACAGUGUGUGGAGCACACCGACUGCUCCUCCACGCUGAAAGAGUACCACGCACAGCUCCUCAACCUGCCCAGCAGGAUCAACGAGCGCAGCGUCGCUGCAUGGAGCUACGAGCAGAACUUCGACCUGGACCGUGUGCCACAGAUCGUCUAUGAAGCAAACUGCCUGAACAGUCAUUCCUGUAAGGGGGUCGACAGCUCUUUCAGUCUGGAGAGCAUACCCAUUGCAAUCAAAAUGCCAUUUCUUAGAAAAAACCCAAGAUGCCCAACUUAUGCACUGGAAUUCAAGGAUGUCAACAUCGCCUGUAUAUGUGCUACAUCCAGACAGAAUUAGCACUGGGUCUAACAAAUUAAUGCACUGGAUUCAAUUUUAAUUAUUAAAUCUAAUGUCAACCACAAAGAAAUCUACUGAAUAGAUGUUGCUUAUCAUCCUUAACAAACAACAACACAAUGUACACGCUGCAAUAUAGAUGCCUUGAGUUGCAAAGCAAAUGCUUGUAAAUGUGAUUAAAUAAACUAGUUUUGUAACAAAAA